AUGGAGAAAGCGCCAAACAUGAACGACGUGUCAGCUCACGAGGCCGAAGCUGAAAAGCUGGGUGAGAUGGUCGCGAACCACGAGGGCCGCGAUGUGGAUGUUGCCGCCAAAUUCUUGCAUGAGUUGGAUCCAGCCGUGCUGGCCGAGCCCAUCACGCCAGCCGAAGCGCGCAAGCUGCUGUGGAAGAUUGAUUGGAUUAUCAUCCCUUUGAUCAUGGGCACUUGCGUGCUGGCAGCUGUCGAUAAAGUAAUUAUCUCCAAUGCCGCCAUCUACGGGAUGACGAAGGAUGCGCAUCUCGUCGGUAAUCAGUAUUCUUGGGUCGGCUCGAUCUUUUACUUUGGAUAUCUCGUUGCCGAGUAUCCUGCAGCCUUUCUCAUUCAGCGGCUUCCUGUGGCCAAAUUUUUGUCUGCGUGUUUGCUAGGAUGGGCCAUCAUCUUGAUGUGCACAGCCGCUACUCAGAAUUUCGCAGGCCUGGCAACGGUGCGAUUUUUCAUGGGCAUGCUAGAGUCUGUCGUGUUUCCGAUCUGCAGUAUCUUGACUGUUAUGUGGUGGACUACGGAAGAGCAGCCUAUUAGAUUGGCCUUCUGGUUCAACCAGCUUUCUUCUGUAUUUUCCGGACUUGUCAGCUACGGCAUCGGCCACACGCACACCAGUCUCCAUCCAUGGCGACUUUUGUUUCUUGUACUAGGAGCCUUUACAAUCCUCUGGGCUGGUGUGAUCUACCUCUUCCUCCCAGACUCACCCGUCAAAUGCUGGUACAUGACCGAUCGCGAAAAGUACGUCUGCCUCGAGAGAGUCAAGGACAACAACACAGGUGUUGAAGACAAGAAAAUCAAAUGGUAUCAAGUGCGUGAAUGCUUGACAGAUCCCAAAACCUGGCUGUUGGUGUUGUUUUCCCUGGCACAAAACAUCCCUAAUGGCGGCCUUGUUACGUUUGCAUCCAUCAUUGUCUCGGGACUCGGAUACUCCAGUCUUAUUACCACCGUUCUCGGAAUUCCAACUGGUGUGCUAGCCACCGUCUGGCAACUCUCUCUGUCAUUCAUCGCAGCCCGGUUCAAGAACUCUCGUUGUCUCGUUAUUGCCCUGGCGAAUCUGGUACCCAUGACCUGCGCUAUACUCAUGUGGAAACUGCCUCGAUCAAACAAACACGGGCUUCUCGCAGCAUACUACGUUUUUUACACGUACUGGGGCCCUUACGUCUUAUCAACAUCCCUGCCCAUGGCCAAUACCAGCGGUCACUCUAAAAAACUAACUAUGAACGCACUCUUUUUCCUCGCAUACUGCGUUGGUAACAUCAUCGGGCCUCAGACAUUCCGUUCUUCCGAUGCGCCAGAUUAUUCUCAUGGCUACGAGGGUCUGCUUGCUUGUCUGGUGGUCGCUAUUGCCUCCAUUUCUGCGUACGGCAUGAUGUGCCAUUUGGAGAACAAGAGGCGCGAUCGCGCGCAGGCUGCCGGGGAUCAUCAUGUCGUUGAGGCGGCGAAUGCGUUUUCGGACCUGACGGAUAAGGAGAAGAAGGAUUUCCGGUAUACCUACUAG